AUGGAUUCAGUGCAUGGUUUGCCACUUUCAAAAGGGGCUAAGACAGCUCUACAAGAUCGAGGACAAAUUCGUGCACUUCUGCAGUAUCAAGAUGAGAGUGAUACUGUUAAUACAUCAGAUGUUGAACUAUAUAAGACAAGAUUGGAAGCAUUUUUCAUUGAUAUCUGCACCAGUUUAGCUUCCCAGACGCACCCAAUUGUUCUGGUGGCAUCGACAUCAACACUUGGACCUUAUUUGGAGACUGUAAGAAAGGCACAGCUCGGACUUAACCUUCCAAAUGUUCUAUGCGUUGAUGCCAAAGGACUGCAUGUGAAGUUUAAUGAUCGAGGGCUCCUUAGCACUUUAUCCCAAGUCUAUGUAGGGAAGAUGUUGGCUGAUGCGUUCCUCCAUAUUGCUCCUCUGCUCCCCCCGCAGAUUAGAGCAAAUUACAUGAAAAAUUCUUCAAAUCCCAUCUUAUAUAGUUCAGCAUCCGAUUAA